CUAUAUAAGCCCCAGCUCUCCCUUUCCUCCUCACUUCUGCCUUGUGUCUGAAUCCUCAACGUUAGUCGAAGGACAAGCAGACAAAAUGCGUGAGUGUAUUUCUAUGCACGUUGGCCAAGCUGGAGCCCAAAUGGGCAAUGCAUGCUGGGAGCUUUACUGCCUGGAACAUGGGAUCCAGCCAGAUGGACAAAUGCCCUCUGACAAGACAAUUGGAGGAGGAGAUGAUUCAUUCAACACUUUCUUCAGUGAGACAGGAGCUGGAAAGCACGUUCCCAGGGCAAUCUUUGUUGACCUGGAGCCCACUGUCAUUGAUGAGGUGCGAACAGGAACCUACCGUCAGCUGUUUCACCCCGAGCAGCUGAUUACAGGGAAGGAGGAUGCUGCCAACAAUUAUGCUCGUGGACACUACACCAUUGGAAAGGAGAUCAUAGAUCUUGUUCUAGACAGAACACGCAAACUAGCUGAUCAGUGCACUGGCCUGCAAGGUUUCCUCAUCUUCCACUCCUUUGGUGGAGGCACUGGUUCUGGUUUUACCUCCCUGCUGAUGG